AUAAUAAUAAUUUAAAACUGAAAGUUGUCUGUUGAAGAAAGUUGCACAAUAUUUUAAAAUUUAUAGCAUUGUGUAAAGCAUCUUUCCUACAAAACCAUAAAGUGCUGCAUAGUCCUGUCUUUUGUUACAUCUGGUUAAGUGAUAGAUGCUACAGAAGAAUUUGAUAGAUAUUAUUUUGUCUGAAACAAAUCUUGACUUGAAAUUUAUAUUAUUUAUAUAUACUCUAAUGUUUUCCCUGACAACUUUUCUGCUCUGAUAAUUAAAACACCAAAACACCUCCAUCCCCUGAAAAAAGUAUUAGCUUGCAAUAAAUAAGGAAGCUUAUUUUAAAUUUGGUUAUCUGAAGAAAACAUACGACUAGAUGCCUUUGUCAUGAUGACGAUAACAUUAUUUGGCUCUGACUCUGUAACUGGCAAACUGCUUUGCCCACUUAUAGUUACGCAGGAUAAAAGCGAAAGCCAUGUUUGUAAAUCUUUCCCCUUCCCUGAAAUUGUCUACCAAGUCUAGAAUGUAAUCCUUGUUACAGAAAAAUUGCUUUGAGUUCAUACAUGGUCUAAGCGGACCACAAGUUUGUUGUUCAGUAUAAGGACAGAGAUGCAUGAUUGGUCAGAGUUAGAUGAGUAGGGGGAAGUGAAGUGUAGGUAGAGGGUUGUGUUGUUUAAUUACUUUUUUUUCCUUCUUAUGAUUUGUGCUGAUGCAGGCUUACUGGCUUAACUCAAAGUUGACAGAUUUUUUUCUUGGAGGAUAUAAAUUAAGAGUUAGAUUCAAUUAAAUACUUAAAGAAAAGUGUUUUUUAGUUUAAUUUUAAUGUGCUUUUCUGUGUUAUCUGGCUGAUAAAGGACCAAGAAGAAACACAUUUCAAAGAGUUUCUGUCAUGGGGAUUAACAGUGAAUAUAUGGUGUUGCGUCCUACUACAGAAGAAUCCACAUUAUCAAGGACCAUGCUGGCCUUUAGUUUUGGCUGGGAACCUAGAAAUUCAAACCAAGUGAUACAGUGCAGUAUAUUUCAGUCUUAGAGAAGAGUAACCUGUAUAUAAGUGACCCUCAAAGUGAAGGACAACUUUUGAGCUCCUUUGUGCAGCAUUUUGGUGACAGCCUUGGGAGGAAAAUUAAAAGAAUGCCCUUACUAGAAGAAGCCACUCUGACGGGGGGAGACCCUAUCCUGACUGUGCCAAUAGUAAUAAUAGGGAAUGGACCUUCAGGAAUUUGCCUUUCUUACAUGCUGUCUGGGUAUAGGCCAUAUUUGUCUCCUGAAGCUGUACAUCCAAAUCCUAUUUUGCACAGUAAAUUAGAAGAAGCUAGACAUCUCUCUAUUGUUGACCAAGAUUUAGAGUAUUUGUCUGAAGGUCUUGAAGGACGUUCUUCCAAUCCAGUCGCAGUACUUUUUGAUACACUGCUUCAUCCAGAUGCUGACUUUGGCUAUGAUUAUCCACCUAUCCUGCACUGGAAGCUAGAACAGCAUCAUUAUAUCCCUCAUAUAGUGCUUGGCAAAGGACCACCUGGUGGAGCUUGGCAUACUAUGGAAGAUUCCAUGUUGACAAUCAGUUUUGGAGACUGGAUGGAGUUACCAGGACUGAAAUUUAAGGAUUGGGCAGCUAGUAAACGCAGAAGUAUAAAGAGUGACAGAGUGAUGCCAGAGGAAAUUGCUUGCUAUUAUAAACAGUAUGUUAAAGUCAUGGGCCUCCAGAAGAACUUCCGAGACAACACUUACAUAACAUCUGUUUCAAGACUUUACCGAGAACAGGAUGAUGAAGAUAAAAGCCAAGUGAAUGAAGAUAUUUCAACACAACAUUUGCAAAUGAAAAAGGAAGAUGUACAAACAUCGCUGGUCAAGAAAAACUGGGAAGUCAGAGGUUAUCAGAGAACAACGGACGGUUCUCAAGUGCCCUUCUGCCUCUUUGCUGAGAAUGUGGCUCUUGCGACUGGAACCUUUGAUUCUCCUGGACGACUACAAGUUGAAGGAGAAGAAUUUCCAUUUGUGUUUCAUUCCAUGUCUGACUUUGGAGCUGCCAUCAGCAAAGGAAAACUACGUGGGAAAGUAGACCCUGUCUUAAUUGUGGGUGCUGGACUCUCAGCAGCUGACGCAGUACUGUGUGCUUACAACAAUAACAUCCCUGUAAUUCAUGUGUUUCGUAGAAGGGUUGCCGAUCCAAGUUUAAUUUUCAAACAGUUACCUAAAAAACUUUAUCCUGAAUACCAUAAAGUCUAUCAUAUGAUGUGUACUCAGUCACAUGCUGUGGACUCUAAUCUACAUUCUGCUUACACCAGUUUUCCUGAGCACCAUGUACUUUGCUUCAAGCCAGACAUGAAAUGUGUCCUACAGAGUGCCUCUGGAUUGAAGAAAAUCUUCAAGUUCUCCAUAGCCUUAGUAUUGAUAGGUUCUCACCCUAAUUUGUUCUUUCUAAAGGACCAAGGUCAGGGGAUAGGUCAUAUCGCAAACCAGCCAAUCACAUGCAAGGGUAAUUCUAUUGAGAUUGAUCCAUAUACUUAUGAGUGCACUAAGGAAGCCAAUCUUUUUGCAUUAGGCCCACUGGUUGGAGACAAUUUUGUACGUUUUUUAAAAGGAGGUGCAUUGGGCAUUGUGCGAUGUUUGGCUUCAAGACAAAAGAAGAAACAUCAACUAAUUGUUGAAAGAGGCGGUGAGGAUGGAGUCCCCUAAAACAUGCAGUCAUAUAAACUUUCAUACAUGGAAUUACAGGCAUACACUAACAAGCAUCUCAUUGACAGUUAAAUUUGUUAGUAGCCUCUUAUUUGUUAUGUAUGCAAGCGAGGCUUGUAUUGCCUGGUAGAGGAUGCUGACACUACACUACUUCACCCUUUUCAAAAGCCACAGGGGUGGUCUACUGAUUUUAAGUGCUCUGUCCCCAGCUAGAAUUUCUUCCAAAUAGACAGCAAAGUAAAACUAAUUUACAUUUACUUGCCUGUGGUUACUUGCUCAAAUAGGGCACUGUUGAAGAGCUACUCUUUAUUCUUAGUGUUUCACCAUACUUAUGUGAAACUCUAGCUCUAAGUUAAGUUGUGUAAACAGAAAGCGCUCCUUGUGACCAUUUUUGGUGUCAAAGCAAGUGUGUGUAUUUUGAACAAGGAUUUUAUUUAUUUUGCCCUAGUAAUACUGGCACUUGUAUAAACCUUUAUUUAGCACUUAGUAAAAUGGUCUUUACAAUAAACAAAGAGGAUUUCUACAAGCAGGAAAAGCUUGGCUGAAGCAGUUGAACCAGAUUCAUCUUAAUUUGGUACUGCAAUAAUAGGGAACAGCAUUCCUUUAACCUUAGUUGCUAAUUUGACAAUACACUUAUGAUUCUGUCAAGCGUAUGCCUACACUUCCAUAAGGACCAUUACAUACCAUUUUAUAGAGAUCUGUUCCAAGAGUACUCUGGUUUACAGUAAAACAAUAAAGUGCUGAUAAAAGUGCUCUUACUAUAGUGUCAAUACAGUGAAUACCUAAUAUACUUUUGAAAAGGAAAUGUUGAGAAGUAACUGUAAAACUUGUAAAAAAAAUUCUCAGUGUCGCUAAAGAAGUCUGGAUGCGAUCUCUUAUGUGGUGGAGAUAGGAGGCAGACCUGCCCUUUGCCUUUGUACAGUAAUGUUUAACAUUACUACUAAGAUAUCUCUAAUGGCUUUAAAAAAGCCAACGUCUAAAACUGUCACCUCAUGCAAAAUGGCUAAGCCUGGAUAGAAAUGUUCCUGCAAAAUCAUCUUUCUUUGCUUAUGGGUGUGGCAGGGAUGCAUACUCAAUAUUGUAAAAUGACAUGGAUUAAAUUUCAUACCACUGGUUUCUAAGGUGAGACCUAGACUCUCAAGCCCAAAUAUUUAGAUGAAUAAACUGUUGUAGACACUACCCAAUGUUAUUUAUGGUACUUGGAGCAAACAGUGGAUUGAAAGAUUCUAAAUAAUUAUCAUAACUAAUUUAGUACGAAUGUGAACCCCCUUUGGCUAAGUGUUUAGUUUUAAUCCAUUACCAAGCACUUUCAUGCAAAUCUAAUGUGGUAAAAGACAUAAUGUCUAAAUCAGUUCACUAAUUUCUGCUCUUGUGUAUUGUAGUGUAUAUAGUGGUAGUUUGGAUUAAAAAGACCUUUAUGUAUAUGAUUAAAAUGAAACUCAAACAGAAAAGAACCCUGAGGACAUACUUAGAAAACAUGUAUAUUGGUGAUGUACCUAUUCUGCUGUCUCAACCAUGUCUCUCUUGAGUUGCACUAAUUCAGUAACAGGCACAAUUUUUCUCUCUUUUCCUCCUUGACACCCUUAUAGAUACCUGAAAACUGCUAUCAUGUCCCC